UUUUUUUUGACAUGACAAAGUCAACUUUAAACUUGAAGUGCGAAAAUAGCGAUUUAUGAAAAAAAAAUAAUUAUUUUAAUUAAAUUUCUCACUUUUACUUUUUAAUAUGUCUCUUUUAGAAGAUAUCUUUUUGAGGGACGAGGCAGAUGAAGCGAGGGAACUCGAACGUGUUAUUGAAGGCGAUGAUUAUGAUGAUAAACCUCAACGUUCAGACAGUGAUGCUAAUAGUGAAAAGGAAGACGAAGCCGAGGAAGAGAAAAAACGUGUGGAUCCAUCGAGUACAAAAUCUAAACGAACAGUUAGGAAUCCGAGAUUCACUCUAAAUCCUGCUCGGCUUACAGGUCCUAGAGGCAUACAGGUUAUCCCUGAUCAUUUUAAAGAUUUUAAAUUUAAAGGCAAAGGUCAUGAAAAAGAGGACUUAGACCUAGUGUUAAAGAAACUAGAGCAUUGGGCGUAUAGGCUGUAUCCAAAGUUUGAAUUUUCCGAUUGUUUAAAGAAGAUUGAAACAUUAGGAAAAAAGAGGCCAGUUAUGGUCCAUUUACAAAAGAUAAGAUCAGAUCAAUACACAACAGAGGAGACAGUAGUCCAGAAGGAUUCCAGUGAUGACGAAAUACCAGUAGAACGAGAGGAAGAUGAAUUCGACAAACUCUUGCAGCAACAAAUAGAACUGGCUAGAAAUACACCCGCACCAAAUUCUGUGAAGAAAAAUGUUCCAGAAGAUUCUAUUGUUGAUAGGUCUCUAUUUACAGCACCAAAAGUAACAUCAUCUCCGUCAAUAAGUGACGAACAGAGAGAUAGAAUGAUCAGAAAUAGAAAACUGGCUGAAGAACGACGUCUCGCUAGAAUUAAAAAUAAAAUCACUGAAAAUCAAGAUAUUACUAAUAUUAGUUCUACUAAUAUUCCUAGUAAUAAGGAAGAUGAUGAAAUAAUUGUUACUAAAAAACAUAAUAGAACAAAUACCAUAGACAGUUCGGAUGAAGAAUUGAUGUCUAUGAAUGAAUCGGUUUCAGUAGAUAUUCAUACUGGUAAAAAUUUCGAUACAACAGAAACUAACAAACACAUUGAAAUUGAUAUUUCUAAUACUAUGAGUGAAAAUAAUAUUAGUGAAAAUACAACAAUAGAAGAUAAUAAAAAAAAUCAUGAAAAAGAAUUAAAACCAAUCGAACAUGGAAUUCAAUUAGAGAGUAAUUUAAAUAUGGAUAUAGAAUAAACUAUAAUAAUAACUAAAUAAAUGGGUAUAUAUUAAAGAGGAAUCAUGCUAUAAAAGAAAGAAUAAAAAAACAAAGGAAAAAUAGAACAGGUAAAAAAUUCUGAGUCCAUUCCUUGUUUUUUUAACAGUUAAUCGAGAAUAAGUCUAAAGUACUGGAAAAAGUUGAAAAUCAAAUUAAAACACAUAAAAUUUACUUUUCAUUUAUUAGGAUAGUGCAAACAAAAAACCAAAAAAAAAAACCUUAUCACAGUAUAUAAACAAUUUUAUAUAUAAUGCUUUAAUACCAACAUUAAAUAACUUACGUAUUUAAAUGCAGAUGAUCUUUGUAUGUAUUAAACGAUAGGUUAUCUAUAAAUAAUAUUCCUAAAAUAAAAAAAAAAUGAUUAAAAAUAAUGAACUACGAUACUUUAUUUAAAUAUAUCUUUAAUAUUUUCAACUGGAUUAUUUCUAUAUUAUCGUUAUAUUAGUAUCAAGAAUCGGAUUCGAAUUUUUUUUAUUUUUUUUUUCAAGCAUUUAUAUAUUCACUGUGAAAAUGAACAAUUUAGUAGUGAAAAAAUAUGGCCAAUUGUAAAAUUACUUUACCAAUAAAAAGAAAAAAAACUUUUUCUUAACACAUUUACUGCUACUAAGAAUAUGUGGCCAGCACUAAAUGUUUUUUUUUCUUUUCUUGGCUUUCACACUUGAGUGUAUUUAGCCAGCACUGUUUAUUAAAGUUUAAAAAUGUACAUAAGAUCACUUAAAUAUUACCAAAUAUAACUGUUUUGAAAAUCGAAUAAAAAAGAAAUUAAAUAAACAAAUUGUUGAAGAGGGUCGAGGUUUUUUAACCUAUAAUGUUAACUUAACAAAAAUUAACUUGGCAAUUUAUAUACACUUAAUAUUUGGUUUUAAUAUCAGUACACUAAAUUUAUAACAUUAAAAUAGACAAGAAAAAUAAUUUAGUUGGUAUUAAAUUAAUUCAAAUAACCUUGGAGGUGAUAUUUUUAACUAUAGAUUAUUUCAACUGAUUUCCAAAAAGGUUAUCGAUUCGUUUGUAUUUUUUAAGACGUAAGCCUACGUUAUUUUAAAUUGCGUUAUAUAUUUACAAGAAAUAUAUUACUUUACAAUAAAAAAUUUUCAACACAUUUUUACAAUAUAAAUGUAUUAUCUUAAAGUGCCGAAAACCAUAAUUUCUUCGAAUCUGCUAAUUGAAAUUUAACAUUUCGUCUUAAAACUUAAAUUAUUUAAACUUUCGUGAGACAUUUUAUAACUAAUUUUUUUAGGGCUCUUACGUCAUCAUUUUUUCCGGUGACGGCACCGACCUGUUUCAGACCCUGCGGGGGUCCACGCCCUGAAGGAUUGCAGGGUCUGAAACUGGUUGGUGCCGUUAUCGGAAAAAAGUGUCACGUAAGAGCCCUAAAAUAAUUAGUUAAUUUAUAACUUGUUCAUCUUUUUAAUGUUUAUUUGAAGAGUUGCAAGAAAUGUGACCUUCAAUUUCCUUGACAUAUGUCUUUCAUUUCAAAAAGACAUAAAAUGUUUCGACAGUUUUAAAAUCUAAAUGAGAUGAAUCAUUAGACACUUAUUAAUUUUAACGUGAAAUCUAAAAAAAAAA